AUGGAAGGUGAGAGUUCUAAACGACAUCGGCACACCAAAUCGUCGGCCCGCUGUCGUAGGUCCCCAUCGCCUCUACCUAGGUCCCCAUCGCGUCCGCCUAGGUCCCCGUCACCCCCACCUUUAUCUCCACCCAAUCCAACACAUGGUGGUGUGGUUUGUCGUGGUCCAAUUCAAGCCGCCAAACUUGAGGCCUUUCUUCAGCGCGUGCACUCUACCCAACAAUUCGCAUAUGUGCCAUCUCUCUGUGAGUUGCAAAUCUACAACCAAGUCCACACAUUGUUCCGGAACAUUGGAUGGCAGGGGUUGUUAAGGGUCCACAAGCUCAGCUAUAAAGUUCCAACAAACGAGUUCUUAUCUUCACUUGAUUUGGACCACGGUGUCCUAUGUUUUCGGCUUAUGAACCACGAUCAUUCCUUGUCCCUAGACCAAAUCAAUGCCAUAGUUGGGGCCCCUACAGAACACACCCUUGGCCCCAAUGACCCAAUCCCAGGAUACAGUGAUCUUACGUGGUCGACCGACCUUACGCGUCAGCUUCCCUAUGUCUCAAGUACUGCUAAGGCCUCAUCUCUCAUCCACCCUAUGAUGAAAGUGGCCCAUAGGAUUAUUGCUUCACUUGUCGUCCCUAGAGAAGAAAGAAGCACCAUUAGCACCCUUGAGCUCAAAAUACUCUAUGUGAUGGCCCACUCGGACGAUAAUCUCCUUCCUCACUAUGGCUCAUUCCAUUGUAACAAACUCACCCGCCUCAGCACAUCACGGUCCGGCAAAAUAUCUUGUGGUGGCCUUGUCAGUUUAUUUUCCAAAAGUGCUCCAAUCCGGGCCCCAUAUCCCAGAACUCACCAACCCAUACCCGGUGAGACCUACCUUACCACUGGAGUUCUUGAGUCUAUGAGAAUGUUUCGGGCGGAGGAUAGGAACCAUAAUUGGACCCGUCAUAACAAUUUCAUCGACUGGAAAAUCACACCAUAUCUCUUCACCGAAUCCUUCUCCAAGGACGAAGAGGAGGAAGGUGAGGAGAGUGAUGGGGCGACACCAAAAAACUCCCCUCCCAUGGGUGGUGCUAGCUCAUCCCACCAUGUUGGAAAACCAUCAUAUCACGAGGAAUAUAUGGAUCAAUUCCAAUCGAUCCAUACUCGCCUCAACACUUUGAAUCAAGAUCUCGCGAGCCUGACUCAAAGUUUCUCUUCUUUCACCACUCAAUACACUCGGGAUCAAGAGCGCCAGUGUAAACAUGAGGAGGACUUUUGGGCUUGGACUCGAAACUCCGGUUAUUACCCGUAUCCUCGUCCUCCUCCACAAUAG